UAAACAGUGGCCUUAAAUAUACUGGUAUAUGCCAAACAAAAUACAUAAAUCAGAUUCCAAACCAAAAACACAUCAAUAAUACUUGAUAAACAAUACGUAAAUAUAAUUCAAUCUUAACCACAAUUCCAACUACUCCACAACAACGGCUUCAACGUGUUGGAUUUAUCGUGCUCAAGCCGUUAGGAGAAUAAAAUGCAUAACAUUGGAAUAUUCAGUGUGUUCUUUAUCGCUCUGGCAGCAGUUGUCUGCCUGAGAGUAAAAGAAUUCGUGGCAUUGCCAGUGUCCUCAUCUAAGCAGAAUCGUGAGGAUUUAGAAUGCUCACCAGUGCAGAAGACUACGAUUGAAACCACCGCAGUCCAGGGACGGGUGAAUCUGAGCCAAGCCAGCAAUAAUAAGGCCUGGGGAAUAUGGAUGAAUCAGGGCCCCCACAAGAAGAACAAGGCCAGGCUGUUUCCCGGUGGCUUCAGGAUGAACACAUCAUCAUCCAGCACACCCAAGACAACCACCGCAGUCGAUACCACCGUCCAGCAGCUACCCAUGAAUUCUACUGUAACGAAUGGAACGAUGAUGACAGACUUGAGAUUUUUCGAAGGUGCUGUAAGCGUGAGAGCCGGUAAAGGAGGAGAUGGUAAAGGAGGAGACGGUAAAGGAGGAGACGGUAAAGGAGGAGACGGUGCUGGUGGUGGUGAUGCUCCCCCCAUAGAGUUGACCGUAAAAAUUCCAAUGCGUAAACAGGAUGAGUUCGGUCAGUGGGUGUUCGAUCCAUGGGCGGCCACCUUUGGCGUCUUGUAUUUAGAUACGCGCUUUGCGGCAAGGGCUGCGCACACUCUGCCACGGGUGGUCGUCGACUCCAAUCCAAUCAGGGAAUACUAUCCGAAAAAAAAAUUGGAUGUAGUCUGUCCCAACAAGAGCACCCUUUACGCAGGUGCCGGUGUUAAAGAUUGGCUAAGCCGCCACCUAUCCAAAACGAAGGCCAAGUUUCGGCCCUUCCAACUUGGCUUGCGGAAGACAAUGUACAAUUACGGCGUUUCAGAGGUGUGCCACAGCGAAAUUUACCACGAUCUGGUGAGUUUUCUCAAUUGCCAGAUACUGCGACACACUAGAAUGGAAGGCGAGGUACCAAAGUAUCCAGCCCAGCAGAAAGCCAUAUCUUAAUAAUUGUUAUGUGGUUCUAUCGACUACACAUCAGGCUUCUUCUCGUUGGUACUUAAUUAAUGGUUCUUAGAGCAUUUCAAUACCACUCGAAUAAAAUGUGAAAUAAAA